AUGACCACUCGUUGUGGCGACACUACCGCCGCAGCAACCGCUAGUCCAUCGCAAGCUGGAACUUCCUCAAGCAGCGCGGGCAGUAGCGCCAACUCGACGACCAAGUGCUUCCCUUCGAACUUCCUUUUCGGCUCCGCGACGGCGUCGUACCAAGUUGAAGGCGCAGUGAACGAAACCGGUCGCACACCCAGUGUCUGGGACGAGAUUUGCGGUACUUCUUCGUUCCCGAACUGUGCUAACGUGGCCGACGACUUCUUCCACCGCUACAAGGACGACAUCAACACGAUGAAGGGCGACGGGUACGGCUCCAUGCGCUUCUCCAUCUCGCGGUCGCGCGCCAUGAACUGGAACAGCACGCUCCAGCGCAUGCAGCCCAACCCGGAAGGGCUCGCCUUCUACCACUCGCUGGUGGAUGAGCUGGUCGACAACGGCAUCGAGCCCGUGCUGACGCUCUUCCACUGGGAUAUGCCCAUCGAGCUGUACUCGGCCGGAGACUUCCUGAACGCCACCAUCAUCGACCACUUCACGGACUACGCGCAGCUGAUCUUCUCGGAGUUUGGGCAGAAGGUCAAGUACUGGUCCACCAUCAACGAGCCGCUCUCACAUAUGGUAGCUCUGUUCCGUAGUCUCCAAGAGCAGGGCGUCGUCCAGAGCAGCGCUCGUAUCGGCCUCGUCCUCUCUGGAUUCGGCAUCCCUUACGACGACACCAACGACGCGGACGUGGAGGCAGCCGAGCGCUACAACCAGUUCAACUCCGGCUGGUUCCUGGCUCCACUUACGACGGGGGACUACCCGCCCAUGAUGCGCGAGCGUGUGGGCAGUCGACUCCCCAACUUCACGGACGAAGAAGCUGCUCUCGUGGGGUCGUACGAUCUCAUCAUGGUCAACCACUACUACUCGAACCUCAUCACGUACUGCGACUCGGAGCACUCGGCAACCAACUGCUCCAGUCUCGCGGAAGGAUACUACGCGGACAUGGGGGUCGACCACUCGCAAGUGCACCCAGAGUCGGUCAUCGGCUCGGGGAGUCUUGCCAACCCCACUAGCUGCACCGACCACUUCGGGUUCCCGCCCAGCUACAUGGCCUACAUCCGCUGGGCCAACGCCUACGACACGAGCGCCGACAUGCUGCUGACCGAGAACGGCUGGUGCGGCAACGAAACCAUCGACAAUCAGGACCAGCUCUGGUACUACCGCACGCACCUCGAGAUGGUGCACCGAGCCAUCUACGAGGAGAACAUCCCCAUCAUCGGCUACACGGCCUGGAGCUUCGUGGACAACUACGAGUGGGGGUCCUACGCGCCUCGCUACGGCCUCUACUACGUCGACUUCCCGGACAACAUCGGCGACAAGGACGUCUACUCCGUUCCGUCGACGUAUUUGAACCGUACGGCGCGCACGGCAGCGAAGUGGUACGCGAACUUGGCGACGACGGGGUGUUUUGAGUCGGAACCGGAAGACGAAAAGUGGCUGGCUUACCUGUAG